AUGGCUUGCACAUCCAAGGAGUAGUUUCACUAAGACGUUCAAGAAUUGAAUUAGGAAUUAAAACCUCAAGAGUAGAUUCCUGCAGUACAAACCAUGAAAUUAAACAGAGGAGGGCUUAUUAUCAAAACUAGCGAAGGUCCAAUUCAGUUUGGAUUACCUCCUGAAACUGUGAAGGAUUCCAUGUCUUUAGGAGUGGAAGUGCCAACAUUUUACAUUAUACCUUCCUAGAGAUUCAACAAAUAAUUUGGGAUUAAUGUUGCAGAAUUUGAAUUCCCAGCUUAUUUCAAUUUCUUUAUCAAGAAAAGAUAAGUUACAUUGAUAUGUGAUACUGAAACUGCAAACUCAAUCAAGAUUGUUUUUCAGGAAACUUUGUUAGGUCCAUAGGAUUUUAGUUAAAUCAAAAAUGAUUAUCAUUCUGAUGUGGACCCAGUUGAAUAUGUGGAUUUUAAGAAAGAAUUGGCAAUAUUCGCAAAAAAUCCCAUGAAUUUAAAUGAAAAACUUACUUCAGAAACCUUACUAAAGUUCAUAAUUUUUGAGAAUAAUGUGGCAUAAAUAGGGAAAGUAAAAAUAGUAAAAGAAGAAAAAGAAUUUACAAUAUAUGACAAUUAGAAUCUGUUGAUAAGUUUCCCUGAUAAAUUUAGUUUUCCAAAAGAAUACGAUAAAUUAUUAUCAUUACACAAAAUUGAUAGUUCAGGGAAAUCUGAAAUCGCCCCUCCUUCAUUAACAAUAAUGAAAAAGAUGUAACACGGGAAAAAGCCUCCAAGUCUGACUUAAAACUUCGAAGAGGUAGAUUCUGAUGAAGAUGAUCAAGAUAUAGGAAGUAUGCCAAACUUAUUAUUGUGGAAUAAAAAUGGAGAAGCUAAAUUGUAGAAGAAAGGAAGCAUAGAAUUGAAUGAAGGUCUCACAUUCUAAGCUCCUGAAUUUGGUGUCACAGUUUUGGGAUGUUCUCAUGGAUUUGAUCCUAAAGGUUCUACAUCUGGUUACAUUUUUUGGAUCAAUGGCAGAGGAAUAAUGGUGGAUCCUCCUCCCUACACCAGUUACCAUCUAAAAAAGAUGGGAAUUCCACCUAUCAUGAUAAGUGCCAUUAUCAUAAGUCAUUGUCAUGCUGAUCAUGAUGCAGGAGCCUUUCACAAAAUAUUAGAUGAUAGUAAAGUUGAAAUAAUCACAACAAGGACUAUCAUGUAUUCAUUUCUAAGAAAAUAUUCUGCAAUUUCUAAUUUAUCAUAAGACUAGAUUAAAAGUCUGUUUAUAUUCAGACCAGCUAUUUUGGGAGUCCCUUUAAAUAUUUAUGGAGCAGAAUUUGAAUUCUUUUAUGCUUUUCAUUCAAUCCCUUGUAUUGGAUUCAGAGUCAGAUAUCAAAACAAAUCCAUAUACUUUAGUGGUGACACAUUUUAUGAUCCAGUUAAAAUCGAGGAAUUAUAGAAAUAAGGGCAUUUAAAUUAGGCAAGAUGCAGAUAAUUGAAUUCUCCUAAAUUCACAGAAGAUAUUAUUUUACAUGAAGCUGGAGUUCCUCCCAUUCACACCCCUUAGACAGUAUUGUCCUAAUUACCCAAUCAAGUGAAGAAUAGAAUGUAUUUAGUUCAUGUUGCUGCUAAAGAUGUGCUCAAAGGAUCUGGUUUGAAAGUAGCCAAACCAGGUAUUGAGAAUACUCUGAUCUUAAUUAGACCAAAUGUCUAAUAAGAUAUCCCAUUAAAUAGAAAAAUGGAUAUAAUAAGUAGAAUUGACAUUUUCGAUAAACUGACUUUGAAUAAUGCCAAAUUUUUAAUGGAUGCUCUAAAGUUAGAAAAGUAUAAGGAAGGUGAAUUAGUAAUUUAAGAGAAUUAAGAGGGACAUAAAUUCUAUAUCAUAGAGUCUGGUUUGGCUAAGGUCUUCUCUGAUUAGAAAGAGAACAAGUUUUAAAGAUAUUUAUAAUCCGGAGACUAUUUUGGAGAAUCAGCCUUGAUCUAAACUGGUAGGAGAAGAGCCUCAGUACUAGCAGUGACUGAUUUAAGGGUGUUAUCUCUAGACAAACAUGAUUUUUGGUUUAUAUUUGGUGAUGGAUUUGAAGGACAAGGACCAGUGAUUGAACAAAUGAUGUAAUUGAUGGAAGCUAGAAAACAAUAAGCCAUACAGAUCUUGUUUAAAAAUUCACAUUUUUCUCAAUUGACUCCAACUCAAAAAACUUAGUUAGAGAUGAUUAUGCAAUAACAGGAAGUCAGUAAAGGUCAAAUCUUAUGGAAGAAAGAUGAUGACGCUACUUUUGUAUUUUUCAUUAGAAAAGGUGCAUUUGCAUUUAUUGACUGUGAAGAGGCAAAAUUGGAAGAGUUUGAUUCUGGCUCAUUUAUAGGGGAAAUUAACGCUAUUUUGAAGGGAAACAAAUUAACAACUACAAUCAAGGCAGUUAGAGAGGGAUCGAUAUUAAAGAUAGAAUCUAAUGCAUUUGCUAAGUUUUUAUAACGCAACCCUGGACUGUUAUUGUUAUUGCAAGAGUAUAAAUAUUUAGAAUGA